AUCAACGAACUUAAAGCCUCCGAGAGAUCAUAUGCUGACAAAGAGGUUCUAAAAGAUCAGCAAAAGACCAGAGAUAAGGUAGGCUUGUCAACAAAAUGUACUGAUUCAAUAUUUUAUCCAUUUUUGUUUGACCCGGAUAUUUUUUCUAUUCUUCAAAGUCCCCAAACCGUUUGUUGUUUGUUCCCUGUGUCUGAUUGACGGCUCAUUGUACGUAAUCAAAGACUUCAUUAAGGGCGCUUUCCAAAAGUCAGAACUGGCCGGCCAGACCAUAGCAGGCAACAGUCAUUUUGACAAUGAAAAAUGCUUUUUUCCAAGAGCUUUUCUUGAAACACCAUUUCCUUUGUGCUUGCUAUCUGGGAUCUGACUGAUAGUUUGGAUUAAAAGUGAAAUUCUCACUAUGACUGGAAUGGUCUGGCCGGUCAGUUCUGACAAAUGGAAAGCGUCUUAAGACUAUAUAUUAAGACACUGAAAUUUUUUCCAUGCUUGUAAAAAUCACCAAAAAGUUAUUAUGUUUAAUGCCCUCUGAUAAAAUUUGUUUGAUGUCUUUUUUUAUGGGGUGGUAUAAGAGGGAGGGUGGGACACUCUUAUAGGGUGGAUUGAACAGUCUUUCCUUCGUUGUAGCAAAAACAAGCAGGCAAACUUUUGAAGAAAACGGCAAAGGAAGAGCAGCCUCAGGUCACCAUGGAAAUGAUCUCAUUGCGCCAGAGUGGCGACCCAAAGGACAUGGCGUCAGCCACUCACAGUCUCCCUGAUGUAAGAAUUUUCAUAAACGCACUCAAGCCACAAGCGGCCUUGUCUCCAUCCUUGGAGGCCUUGGGGCAGUCAGGUGGUUCGGGAAAAAACGUUUGAGCCCCUGCUUACCGACUCUCACCAGACCAUUUUCAAACAAUCCAGCGAGUGCUGACUCCCGAUUGGGCAAAAAAAAAUGCUUUGUAUUAUUUUGACCAAUGGGCGAACAGGGGCUCCUAUUUUCUUUUCAUUUGUUCGUACACGACGGCUAUUAUCUCGCCAUACUUGUCCGAUUCUUUCACCAAGGUUGGGCGUGUAAGGGGAAUCUUGGCUUUUCCUACUUUGUCCCUACCAGAAACGUAGGAACUACUGAUGAUUGGGGAAGACGUUUCAGAUGCUAUCAACAGGACCGUUCCAAUUUGCUCCUAGACCAUUCUGUCACAAGCAGGGUGCAAAGAAAGUCAGUUUUACAGCCUGCCAUUCGGGCAAGCUGUAGCUAGCAUGUACUAGCCCACAAGUCAUUUCAACUAGCCCCCCAAACCCUUUUUGAUUAACAAGUCUGAUUACCAUCCUUCUGUAAUUUGAAUUUCCCUAAAAAACAGCACUUGCCCGUCGGGAAAAAAUCACUAGCCCAAUAGCAAAAUCUACUAGCCCCGGGCUAUCGGACACGAUUUUCUUUGCACGCUGCACAAGAUAUCGUAAAUGAUAUUUACGAUGGCGUGAUCUAUAAGGAUCGAUGCAAGCUUGAAUACGUGUUGUAAGCUCAUGUUCAUGUUUUUGGAUAAGCAUCUUUUAAAUACCCUUUCAUACGUUUCCAAAUUUAGUUUUCGGGUAGACAGUUGCAGUCUCUUUGAAUUCAUGGACGGGCUUUAUAUCGAACUGGAACUUUCCUGACAGCGUGUAUUUCUUUGGUGCAAGAGCCAAACGAGUAUCAUAAUGGCGAGGCGAUAGCUGUCGUGUACGAACACACCAAAAGAACUCAGGAGAUGCUGUUUAUCGAUUGGGCACAAUAGUACAAAGCAUUCUUUGCACACAAUCAGCUUGACCGUUUGGAAAUAGUUUAGUAAGGGUCGGCACCCAGGGGCUCUUCCGCCCUUGCUUGAAAAUCAUUUUUUGCCGCGCCUUUUCUCCCGACCCGACUGACUGCCUGUGGCUCUCCGAGGAUGCCUUGUCUCGCAAUACGAAGGGUGUAACAUGAUAUAUUUCAUUCCUAACAGCAUUGGGCGAAGCGACAGGAACAAAAGACUAUUGUUAUUGAAUUAAAUGUCGUGGUUUCUGAAGAAUUAUAAAUAAAAUUUCCAUCUUAUUUCAGUGGAACUUUAAAUGAACAAAUUCACCUCCUUUCUGUCUUCUGUUAGUCGAAUUACAUAGUUUUAGCACAAGUACCCCGAAACUCAUGCAAGAUAAAGGCAGUAGUCUGCCUAAACUUGUGUGAUAUUUUAAUUUUUAGUUAAAGACAGUAGCUUCUAACAAUGCAAUGUUACAAUUUUCUUACAUAUAAAUUAAUCGCCUUUUUUAAAAAUCAUUUAGCAAAGGUUCGCCUUUAAUAAUGAGGCUAUGGACGAUAAACAUUCUGCACACAAGGAACAAGUGAACAUUGCACAGCAAACCGACAAAGAUGCCGUUCUUGAAGUGAUUCCCUCAACUUCCGCUAAAAAUCAAGUAAGAAGUUUUAUAAUUAUUUACCACUACAAGUACUUCGGGUAUAGGUAUGAGGGUACUUGGUGUACUUGGUGCAUUUGGUGCGUCAGGGUCAUGAACCUCCCUACCCUGCAAUGCAUAGUUCGGGGUAGCCCUUGGGCAAGGCGUAACACCCGUUAGGCCUGUCAAGGUCACGACACUGUUGCCUGGCAGUCAGGUUUUUUUUUGCCACCGCCUAAGGGAGACAAGGUCUGGCGCUCCUCCAGCAUCGCUUGCUGGGAUUUGUCUCAGUGAGCCUAGCAAAACAUUGAUUUGGACAGAAAUUGAUUAUCUCUUCUAUAGUAUUGUUCUCCCUAACAUAACCUACGGACUAUCUGUUUAUGGUGCCUCCGAUGCGGAAAUUAAAGUCCUUCAGCAAUUUUUAGACAGAUGCUAUAGUCACGCUUUAUAUCUACACCGUUAAAUAUUAGAUCAUUACUACAAAAACAAGAUAAAGCGAUUUUUCAGAAAGCUAAACAGCAUGAUAACCACCCUCUGAAGGUGUGCUUACCGCAAGAAAAGAACAAUCUAACCUACAAUCUUCCACGUAAAAGCUUCCAAAGGCCCAAGAUAAACACCGAACGUUAUAAGAACACAUUUUUAAAUAGAUUAGUUUUCAAAUACAACCUUUUAUGACAUUUUAUGUGAGAUAUGUGUAACUAUUUUUUUACAUUUUUUAAUCUUUUUAUUCUAUUGUAAUUUAGCUGAACUUUUAAUCUUUUUAUCCUGCAACAUGGGAUAUGUAUUUUUAUCUAAUGAGCAAUAAAAACAUUUAUUAUCUGCUGCUAAGUCCAACGAACUGCUCGGAUGACAGCGAUGCUCUAGACUUCUACAACACCUCUCUGAAUUAAUAAAGAAGCUACCUGGACAUAACCUUAAGAUCAUAUGUAGUAAUAUUUGAAUGCACAAAUCAAUCCCUUAGACUGUAAUGGGUUUAGCUGUGGAAAAAAGACGUUUAUGUUGGAUAUGGCUACUGCAUGUGAGCUUAUAAUUUAGAACACACGCUUCCAAAACAGCUUUAAAAGUUGUGGACGUUCAUGUACCCAAAUGGUUGCAAAGCCAAACUUGAUUAUAUACUGGUAAACAGGAAAUAGUGGAACAGUGUCUAAAAGACUGUAAGGCAUAUGACCCUCUCAGUAAAGUAUAUUCAGGCCAUAAAAUUGUCGUAACUAAACUACGCCUCUGUUUGCUAGCCAAUGGGAAAACAACUGCCAAACGUACCAGUUUCGACUGGCAUUGUUUUAGCACCAGCCAUUCCGUCAGAGAGGCUUAUACUGUGGAAGUUAAGAAUCGCUUUGAGGCCCUGUACCAGCUUGAGGAAAAACACACUGUGAACGAUCUGUAUACCACUCUGGUAUCUUUAAAGGUUGGUGACAAAGAACUGAUUGACGAUGAGAGUAUUGCUAGUAGUUUUAAUUCCUAUUUUUCAUCUGUUUUUACCUCCGAGGACUUCACCAACUUGCCUUCUUUAGAGCCUUUAGUUUGUGAGAAACUUAAUUAUAUUUCCUGUACUACUGAGGAAAUUUUAAAGCAUCUUAAGUCUCUUAAAACGAACAAGUCCCCGGGUCCAGACAGAAUUUCACCAGUAAUUUUAAAAUCAUGUGCGUUCGAAUUGGCGCUCUCGAUCUCAUUUCUGGUUAACAAAUCUUUCCUGCUGGGCCAUUUUCCCGAAGAUUGGAGAUCAGCUGACAUUGUCCCACUUCAUAAGAAAGGUUCUAAACACUUGAGGGAGAAUUAUCGUCCAAUUUCGCUUACAUCCAUGAUAUGCAAAAUCAGCGAAAAAAUCGUACGCGAUAGGUUAACGUCAUUUUGGCAAGACCAUAACGUGAUAAACAAAAACCAAUUUGGUUUUUUGCAGGGUAGGUCUACUGUGACCCAAUUACUCUCUACUUUUCAUGACUUCGCCAAAUCUAGGAAUUCAUCUGUAGCAACAGAUGUUGUAUUUCUUGAUCUCGCAAAGGCGUUUGAUAGUGUUCCUCAUGAGCGUCUACUCAUAAAGUUAUAUAGCCUCGGUAUUGAGAGUAAACUUCUUAACUGGUUGAGGCAUUUCCUCACGUGUAGAAAGCAACGAGUUGUUGUAAGAGGGACUUUUUCUGAUUGGGCACCUGUGAUAUCUGGUACCCCACAGGAACUAUUCUUGGUCCAAUUUUAUUCCUAUCAUAUAUAAAUGAUAUCGUUGAUAGUGUCUCUUCAAAAAUUAAAUUAUUUGCGGAUGACACUAAGAUUUACAGAGAGCUUCGCAACCCUAGUCUCGAUGAACAAUACCUUCAAACUGAUUUGAAUAAUCUUGGUAAAUGGGCGAAAAAAUGGCAACUUCGUUUCAAUGAGGAAAAGUGUGAAGCAAUGCGAAUAACGCAUUCUCGUGACAAAUCGACUACGAAUUAUAAACUAGGUACGGCCUUAAAAGAUGUCAAGAGCUUUAAAGAUCUUGGAAUUAUUAUAUCAAAAGAUCUUACUUGGAGUGAACAUAUUAGUACCAUGGUGAAUAAGGCGAACCAAGUCCUAGGGCUAAUAAGACGGUCUGUUGGAACAGCUAAUACAACAACUUUUUCAUUGCUUUACAAAACAUUGGUCAGACCACUUCUAGAGUAUGCUGCUCCAGUCUGGAACCCAUAUCUUGUCAAAGAUAUUCAUGCAAUAGAGAGCGUGCAAAGACGCGCGUCAAGAUUAGCUCUUAGGCAAAAAAGAGGUGAUAUGUCUUAUGAAGAGCGUUGUGACUCGUUACAUUGGCCAUCUUUGUCCAGUCGUAGGACAUAUUCCUCUCUUGUUGAAUGUUAUAAGAUCGUGUUUGGCUUAUCACACUUGGAUUUUGAGGAAUUCUUUCAAUUCGCAAAAGUCAAAUCCACUAGGGCAAAUCACUCGUAUAAGCUUUAUUGUAAAUUAUCUAGGAUCAACUGUUUUAAAUAUUCUUUUUUUAACAAUGUAAUUAGUUACUGGAACAAUUUACCUAGUAAUGUUGUUGAAGCCGGUUCCCUUGAACUUUUUAAAUGUAAACUCAAAUCCUUUUUAAAGUUGUAAUUUUUAUUGUAAUUUUUAUUGUGUGUUGUUUUUUGGAGAGUUUUAUUCAUAGGGUUAACCUCUAGACUCUCCCUUUCAAAUUCAUGUGGUCAUUAUGAGUUUGAAUAAACAUGUAUGUUAUGUUAUGUUAUGUUACGAUGAUCAAGGCCAAAAUGGAUGCAGCUGAGAAGUGUAUUCCUAAGAAGACACGAGUGAAAAAACGAGUGCCCUGCUGGGAGAAAGAACUUGUCAAGGAGAAAAGGAACGAGUUGAAGAAAGCCUGUUUGAAAAAUUAGCGUCUCCCCAACUCUGACAAUGCGAACUACCUAAAACAAGCGAAAGAGGAACUUCAAGCUACAUAUGACAGGAACAAGUGGAAUAUCUGGCCCAGAAAUGCGCUGAGACUGAAAACGCUGCAGCGCAGCAUCAGGCAAAAAAAAAACAUGGGAUACUAUUAAUGAGAUAACGGGAAGGACCUCGUCAGCUACAGGUCGUCUUAUAAAAGCGAAACUGCUGAAGUGAGGCUGAAAAAAUGGAGGGACCAUUUUGCCACACUCUUAGGCCAACCUGAGGCCGAAGACAGGAACCAGUAAGUAAAUUGUACAGGAUACUAUUCCAAUCAGCACUAAUGCCUUUACUUUGUCUGAGCUAUGGUCCAAGAGCAUUAUAAACCCCGUACCCAAAAAGGGCGAUCCCAGUGAACCUCAGAACUAUCGUGGUAUUGCACUUAUUCCAACAACAGCUAAGAUCUAUAAUAGAGUGCUUCUUAACAGGAUCCGCCCCCACUUAGAACCCCUGCUGCGCACAAAUAAAAACUGGUUCCAACCAGGAAGAUCAACAUUUUCUCAGAUACUUACUCUUCGAAGAUUUGUUGAAGGCAUAAAGGCCAAGAAUCUAACAGCAGUUCUUACCGUUGUGGGCUUCCAAAAGACGUUUGACUCGGUGAACAGAGACAAAAUGUUUGAAAUUCUGAAAGCUUAAGGCAUCCUAAAUCAAAUAGUCUCGGCUAGAGCGUCGAUAUAUCAUAACACUGAAGCCAGAGUUUGCUCACCUGGUGGAGAAACAGAUUUCUUUGCUUUCCAUGCUGGAGUACUGGAGGGUGACACGAUAGCUCCGUUCCUGCUCAUCAUAGCAUUAGACUACGCAAUGAGAUCCGCAAUUGAAGGCUACGAAGACCUUGGAUUUACACUGACUGAGAGAAGAAGUCGUCGCUCUCCCGCAGUUAUGAUCACUGACACAGACUUUGCUGACGAUAUCGCAUUGAUUUCAGAUAACUUGGAUAAAGCCCAAUCACUGCUAGAGGGAGUUGAAACUGCUGCCACAGAAGUUGCGCUGCACAUUAACACCGGCAAGACUGAAUACAUGGCCUACAACCUACGACACAGGGCGACCUUACCACCAUAAAGUCAAUUCAAAGCUAAGACAAGUGGACGAUUUCAAGUACCUAGGCUCUUGGAUAGAUUAAAUGACCAUUACGUUUCUUUAGAGUUUCACUUGAAUCUGUUCUAUUGUUCUAUUGUACGGGUCAGAGAGUUUGACAUUGACAAAUUGAUGGCUGCUACACAAGACCCUUAGAUAAGCGGGGGCGCCCGAAAUAAAUAGACAACUAUUUUAAUUUUUACUUUCGACUAAAGGAGAACGCAACAUAAUAAUCGAUGUAGGUCAAGUUUAACUACAGCCGUCAUACUAUUUUCGUCGUUGGUGUACUACUUCUGCGCAUGCGCCUUCUUGAAUCACGUCACAACCUCUCGUUUCAAUGCUAUUUUAGUCGUAGACUCGACACUGGCCGUUGCUUCCUGGGUAAACUUCGUCCGGUGAAGCCGCAAAGGCUUUCUUUAACUGUCGCGGUUUAGUUCAUCCCAGAUAUUUUGAGAACAGACUCCUGAAGCAAGGAUACGUGGUUGAUAGCUCUAAACCUGCCACUUUUAAGCUAAAUACAGAGAAACUUCAUAAUUAUCAAUUGCGUCCACUUGGUUAAACACCUGUUCUUGUACUCAAAGUUGGCUCCUCAGGCCACUUAAGGCAUGACUAUAUAAUUAAAUAUGCAUAAUUUGAUAAAAUGCUAUUUAGAACGGUUCGCUCGUAUCAAUGAUCCUGAAAAUUGAACUACUAAUGUAGCUUAAUGACCUUAGCAAUAUGAGACAUUUUAGAAGUUCAAAUUUUCGUCACGUGACUUCUAAUUAAGAAUUGACGGUCAAAAUGUUUACUCUAAAAUGGGGAAAGGAUAAUAAAAGAGCAACAAGUUCUUUUAGGUAUGUUUCAGAGGCUAUUAAAAAGGUUCUGAAGAAUUCGCCUUUUAUGUGUGUUUACGUAAAACAGGAAUCGGUAAAUAAAGUGAAAAGGGUCACGUUACCUGCUAAUUAGUUAAAUAGCUAAUAGGAUAAAUAACUUUUCCAACCAUAUAAGGUGAAUUUACGUUUUAUAUUGUUUAUGUAACAUUUUGGUGGUGAAAAUUCCUAAGAUUAAGUUUUGCAAACCUUCCCCGUUUAGGAAAACGUGUUUUGUGACGUCACUGAUGAAGCAAUGUCAUUAUGUCACGUGUUAUUUCAAAUCACCUUUUACGCGUUUCUUUCAUUAAGCCACAGUUGUAGUUCGCUUUUCAGGAUCACUGAUUGAAGCAAACCGGUUUAAAUAGCAUUUUACAAAAUAUGCAUAUUUAAUUGGGUAGUCAGAGAUGCAGCAUUUGAUUUUGCAAAUGACACUUGGACAGAAGGAGCAAAAACACCAGGACUGGUUUGAAAACAACAACGAAGAAAACGCAUGCCUUCUGAAGCAAAAGCAGGAAGCAUUUAGCAAUUGGCUUUAGGAAAAGACCUCGACUGCCAGGCACGAUCGUCUCAAUUAAACAAGCACCUCAGGAACAAAGUCCAGACUGAGCUGAGACAGAUGAAGGAUACGUGGUGGCAACACAAGGCUGCAGAGCUGCAGCAAUACUCAGACGAGCACAACUUUAAGAGGUUCUUCGAGGGCUCGAAGACUAUAUAUGGCCCCCCUUUCAAUUUCAUGACUCCUGUCCCAUAUUCGGCUGGAACCCUGCUUACAGGGAAGUCUGAUAUCGUUGAAAGUUGGUGAAACAUCUUUAGCCAACUUCUCAACAAAUCGACCAGUAAGCAAUCCAAGAUAUACUUCAGCGCCCGGUUCUAAGCUCUCUUGACGAUUCCCCAACACUGGAGGAAACCCAGAAAAAAAUAAGAGCUCCAGGCUGGGAAAGCACCUGUUCCUGAUGACAUACCUUCCUGACGACUUCAAGAACACCAACGCCAUCCACCUGUACAAGAACAAAAAUGACAGAGCAUCAUGUGACAGCCACAGAGGCAUCUCGCCGUUGAGUAUUCGAGGAAAUCUCAUGGUACUCAUCAUACUGAGCUGUAUCACACACGACCUCUUGGAUGAUUUCGUGUCCGAGAGUCAGUGUGCUUCAGGAAAAACAGAGGGACAAUCGACAUGAUAUUCGCCGUACGACAGAUCAAGGAAAAUGCCGCGAACAGAAUCAGAGCCUGUACAUCCUCUUUGUGCACCUGACCAAGGCCUUUGAUACGGUCGGCAGGUGGGUUGGACAUGUGUUUCUGAUGGACGACACGCACCUCCUGAAGAUGGUCUUCUUCUCUGAGGUGACCAGCGGUACACGUAGCAUUGGACACCCACUAAAGAGGUUCAAAGAAGCCCUGAAACAAAAAACUGAAUCGAACCCCACUGUCCGAUGGGAAACCUUCGCCACAGACCGCAACGCCUGAAAAAUGGCCGUCCACAAGGGCGUUCAAGGCUUUGAAAAGAGCGGCUGAAUGAUCUCGAUCAGGUCUCUCGGCUGGCCGAGUUCUAGUUGCGAAAAAGCUGCGUCUUAGCGAUUAAGUCGAUCUGUACGAUUUCUUCGAGUUCUUUAAGCUAGACCAUUAUUUAUUUUUUUGUAAAUUUCCCUAAGGACGUGGAGUGGAAAGUAACGGAAAAAGACUGGCCACUAAGCAGCAAAGCGGCAACAGGAAAAAGUCAAGCGAAGCCUUUACCCGCCAUGCCACCUGUAAUCGAAAGCAUACACGAAGAUCUCAGCAGUGAUGAAGAAGACGAGGAGGAGAACUUUCGAACCAAACAACUCUUUUCAUUUGCUUGGCAAAUUGCUAAAGGAAUGGUAAUUACUAUAUGAUUAUUUUCUGAGAAACGUUGCUUCCAUUCAGGUUUUGUUUUCAUCCUUCAAAGAUCGUUAUCAAAGACUAUUCCACAAGCAAGAAAUAAAGGAUAAAUAAGUUAAUUUUCUAGAUGAUUAAUGGUUUUUAGAGGAGAAAUUGUCAUAGUCGAUCGAACCAAAUUCGGCAUGUUUUGUCUGAAUUUGAAUCAGCCGUUUAGAUCAGUUCAGUUGUGAUAUUUUACUUUUGAUUAUUGGCUCCUAUAAUUUUCACGCCUUCACCCAUGCCUUUUUAGGCAAUAGUAGCCCCGUAACUGAAGUUUUAUGGUACUUAUUUUCAUUUUUUCUCUUUCCUUCUUAAAAUUAGAAUCAUCUCGCCGAAAACAAUCUUGUUCACAGAGACCUUGCUGCCCGUAAUGUUCUUGUUGGCCAUGAUAACCAAAUCAAAGUUUCAGACUUUGGGUUGAUGAGACAAAUCCAUGAAGAUGUGAGCAGCUCAGCGAAGUCCAAAACACUUCCUGUAAAAUGGAUGGCCCCCGAAGCACUUUAUCAAGACCUUUACACCACCAAAAGUGAUGUGUGAGUAUAAAAAAAUCCCACUCUUUUAAACUCAUUUCCAUAAAUUACUGCUCAGAAAACCUCAGUCAGCUUCCCUAUAAGUCGUGAUCAGCGAGUUUAUUUCAAACCGAUCUAGAAUUUCAGUGGUUAUAGUGGCUGAUUUCGUACUUGUCAAUAUAAUUUCGACUCGGGACUACAUAGUUUGCAUAUAAGUCCUGAGCGAGAGCGGCGUCUGCUGAAUUCUUAAUUCGGAGUGUACGUAAAGAUCAUUUAGUUACGAUUAUGCGGCAGACCCGUCACCUAAAUUGGUAUUCUUUUCCGAUCCCUACUCUAUUAACCUUGCUAGGCCAUUGGCUAAGGGCUUUGCGCAGCUGAGGCCUGGUGUCAUAGGGUUAAGUCAAGAGCGAAGGCAUGGAAAGGUGGAGAUACGCCCUUUUGCCUUAAGUUCAUCAAGUAAAGAGAAGAGAAGAAAAGUAAUGUUAAUGCAGUGGGGAUAUUCACGACCUCUGUGCUUUUCUCUAUAGUUGGUCUUUUGGUGUUGUUCUUUGGGAGAUGGCUACAUUGGGUGAGUAGACCGUCACACACUAAUCAUGUAAACUCCCAAGGCGAGGGGAAUCCCAAGUACUCUCCUCCCUAUUGCCACGGGGUAUAUGACUUGAAUUGUGCGACUGAUAUCAAAGGACGACACUGGGACUUAAAGAGUGAGUCCUUAUUAAAUAAGGUUAUUGUUACCAGGAAACAGGCUGAUACCUGAUGACUUUUAUUUGUGGCAAGCUAGGCACUUUUGUUUUGAACUAGGCUCUAUGUCUGAUAAGUGAUAAUCGGCAUCAAAUAUGCACGCAUUAGUUGUUUUCUGGAAAGAGGAGCCUUAUUACUAAGCACCCUGUUUUCUUUGACGACACAUUUCAAUGCAAUUCUGACCCCUGCUCAAUCACUAUUCUAUUGCAAAACGGCAUUAUUGAGUGCGGGGGAAUGAAGAGUCGUCGACAUUGACAUUUCCAGGAAAAAGCUAUCCAGGGGAAUGAGCCGUAUUUUCAAAUAAUAACAUGUAUAUUUUUUCUUUCGCAUAACGUGAUCAGGAGGCGUACCACACCCCACGCUGACCAACUCAGAGUUGUAUCGACUGCUUGGCGCUGGUUAUCGCAUGGAAAGGCCUGACAUGUGCUCCGAUGAUGUGUACGUUUCUGGAUCAGAAUCGUCUUAGAACUGACAAAAAGAUUCGAUUUUUCCGUGCGUCUUUUUAGUUAUAAAUAGCCUUGAAAGUUGCGGAGGACAAGUCGGUUUCGAUUUUGACGUUUUCUUCGAUCAAAGUGAUUACUGAACAGACAGACGGCAAAAUCUUAGCUUAAAUAUUUGUUUCAUACAGUAUUUAACAGAGAUCGACAGAGUAAGAAUUAGCCUGCGAGCAAGCUCUCCCUUUUGGGCGAGGAAAACGAACCGCGCGAGUACGCGCGAGCGGGAGGUCCCUCGCUGUCGUGUUUCCUCUCGCGUGUCGCACGUGCGUGUACUUGAAGAGAUCCCCCAAAUGGAGAGCUUGCUCGCAGGCUUGGCAAGAAACCGGCAAGCCUAAUGAUCCGGCGUGAGUGGCUCGCAGCUGGUCUAAAGGAAACCUCUUCCACUAAAUCGGAAAAACGGUGUCUAUACAUGUAAUAAUGGAUUGGAACUCUGACUAACUUCAAUUGGUUUGUUUUUUUGUUUGUUUGUUUGUUUUUGUCCAUAACAGAUAUGAGCUGAUGGCUGACUGCUGGAAAGAGGAACCUCGCUCUCGUCCCAGUUUCUAUCAACUGAUCGAAAAACUGGAGGUGAUAAUGGAGAGGGAUGCACCAUACUUGCAUCUAAACGAACACAAUGAAGAUCGUCCAUGUUACAACGUGCCACCUGAAGCUGGUGAUGAUUAA